CGAUCUGUAAUAAAAUAUACAAUAUAUCUAUAUACAAUUUGUACCUAAACCUUCAUCACGUACGCGUGUACAGUGGUGUGUAGGUAUUACGCAUUUCAUUUCGUAUACGGAUGCAUGAGAGUUUUGUCGUUGCGUCGUCGUUCAUCGGAAAGCUAUACGAGAGCUAAGUAUUCCUUACUGCAGAAGCACGAGGAAAAAAGUGGAAUAAAGAAUCAUCGCUUGGGUGGCGUUGAUGAUUACUCCUGGGUACUGGAUCCGAGACUGGAUCUCGACUUAUUGUUACUUUCCGUCCGCGUGAGAAACUACUGCUCCCGUACAGGUUCGUCGUAGUGCACAGUGUGUGUCCAUCAAACUACACAAAAGAUCUAGUUCUUUUGUUUUCUAUGAAAACACUAUUUUUACAAGAGACAGUCAUACACGAGCGUAUAUGUACUUACGUAUUUAACGCACGUGCAGUUUUUACCAGUUUUGUUAAGAGAUUGUGGAUGUACCCAACCUGCAUCAACUCUUAUAGUACUUGCUGGUCUCGUUUUUCACUUGUUUACUUGAGACUUUCGUGAAUUCUUAUCAACUAUAAUUUGAUGAUUGGAUCAGCUGCUCAGUUAAUAGUUGGUAGAAUCUGAUAUGUUCAAAUCACAAUCAUAUAUGGAAAUAUAUAAUUGUAGCAAACUGUAUGGAGAAGGCUGGUCAAGUUCUUUUAAUACAGAGUAAUUGUUGCUACUGUUGUAACAAGAAUAAUUUUACAAACAUUUUCUCUUAUUGCUGUGUGGUAUGUCCAUACGUGUGCAUGCAGAUAAUUAUAGUGAUGUGAUAUGCUAAAGUGACUGAACUUUAUUAACAAAAGCAGGUGUAUGCUUUGAGUGUUGAUUACAAGUGUAAAAUAAAUAACGAUUUUAAGGAUACACGAAAAAAAGUGCUUACAGUAGAAUAUAAUGUAACAACAUACAUUCAACUGACGGUUCUUCAUUAAAUAUAUUGAGCAGUGGCAAAUUAUGUCAAUAACCAAGUACCUUGAAAAUAACAACGUAACAAUUUUUGUAGCAGCAGCUGUAGGAGAUACUUAUCUGCAUACAAAAUCAAAGUGAGAGAGAGCCCAGACAGAUCCAAUUGUUUCGGGAUUGUUGGAAUUGGAGGAGUGCGUUUUUUGAGACUACAAUUUUUUUUUAAUUGUCUGCUGGUAGACUGUCGUCGUAGUUCUGGCUUCAACAAUGAAGGAGGAAAAAGUUGAAUACGAUAUUAUAAGUACAGAUCAAGCUGGUACUAUGACUUUGGCUGAUUCACAAACUAUACACUUAGGGCCUAUAUUAGCUCCAGGAAGUACUGACACGAUAUCUAUCGUAAUUCCUCUCUCAGCUCAGUUGGCUCUUUCAAGGAAUAUUCAACAGCAAGUAAUUUGCAAACCAGAGCCCAUUGAGAACACAGAGAAAAAGGUAAUAACUAUUUCUAAGCCCAAGACCAAUCCACCUAGGAUAAAAGAGGACAAGACAAAAGGUUGUCCUUAUCCAAACUGUAGUAGAUAUGGCAAAGCAUUUUCGCGAGCGCAUGACCUUAAGCGACACAUAGCGCGGCACGAAACAAGGGAAAACAAGGAGACUGAGAUGCAAGAUCAGCAAGUUUACCCGUGUCUUGUAUGUGGAGCUCAAUUUUACAAUGAAACGAUUUUACAAAGACACAAACAAAUUCACGAAAACGGGACUAAUUCCAUUAUUACUUCGACAAGCGGACCACCAUACACAUGUAAUUUUUGCAAAAAGACGUUUGAAGACGAAAGCCUACUUCAUGCUCACUUGCCAACUCAUAUAAAGAGUGAGCCUAUUAUAACGUUUGAAAACACAACGACACCAACGGCUACUGCGGAAAUACAUUAUCAAACAUUAAACAGUCCCACGGAACUCCUGACAACAACGACUGUGCCAGUAUUAGCAACCACAUCGGCUUCGUCCAUAGCUUCUGACGAUGACUACCGGCUCGAGGACAUGUUGCUUCUCCGCAAGUCUAGCCAUCAGAAACCCCUAAACAGUGCAUCUACGUCGUCCACGUCGCCGUCCGCGGCAUCGAAAAUUAGAUGCGAGUAUUGUAGUAAAACUUUUAAAACCAAGUGGACGUUAAGCUCUCACGUGGCGGCUCACGAAGGUCGCUUCCAAUAUCAGUGUUGUAUUUGUAACAAACGAUUCGUACGAAAAAGCCACUACGAAAGCCAUGUAAGGUCGCAUGAUGCUGCCAGGCCUUUCGUUUGCGAGCAUUGCGGUAAAACUUUCAAAGAGAGCAAACACCGAAGGGAACACUUAAAAAGAAAGCAUCCAACCAACAGAAAUGCCAUACAAUCGCUCCUCGACAGUAUAAGCGCUUGUGUAAAUGAAGAAACUGCGGUUGCUGCUACAGAGCAAACUAAACAACAAUUUACCAUUCUUAUGCCGAUGAACUUUAGCACUUAAAAUAAAUGAUUCUGUAACUGAUGGAUUUUCGUACAAUAAAGUAAAGGCGCUACUGCAUCCAAAAGCCAAAGAUCUUGAAGGAAAUCUAAGAAAAAAUAUAU